AUGGCCAAUGGCUCUCGUAGAUCGCAUCGGAAAUCACGUCUUGGAUGUGGCAACUGUAAACGUCGCAGGGUCAAACUUCAACAGUCUGCCAUCCAAGGGAAGGAUUAUUAUGUGGUAGCUGAACGGCACUAUAACCUUGCCAUCCGAGAAGUGGCAGCUGCAGUGCCACGGCUAAAUAAAGAGAACUGCCAUGCAGUUUACACCGCUGCUGUGUACAUCUUCAUCUGCUCAUUCGCCAUAGGGCCCCGUUCAGGCGAGUAUAUGGCUUUCCGUGAAGAUGGCCAAGGGGGCUUUCUAUCCUUAUUCAUGGGUGUCCGGACAGUACUGGAGAUAAGCAGCAAAUUGUUUUCACCAGAUGUAGUCUUAAGAGGUGAUGAAGGGGAAUCGGGUUCCGAGUCAGAACGGGACACAGAUCCAGCAGGCACCGCCAGAAGUUCGACUAUCUCUUCUGAAUAUGGCUAUUGGAUGGAUCAGCUGCGACAUCUGAUAGAAUCCGAACUCGGUGGGGAGGAUACGCUUUACUCUGUUUAUAAUACGGUGUUCGAACGACUUUGCCAGUGUUACGAUGCUAUCUAUAGCCCCUUUUCGCCUAUAACGACUGCGCUUUUAUGGCCAUGCAUCUUCGGCUGGCUCUACAGACUGCCAGACCUUUUCAUGUUUGGGCUUAGGCAGCGACACCAGCCGGCAUUGGUGAUAUUUUCCUAUUUCGUCCUCUUGUUGGAUGAGCUCAGCUGGAAUUGGUUCCUUCAAGAUUGGCCUAGACACAUUCUUAUUGGCAUUCACCGUAACCUGGACAUCUAUCACCAACAAUACGUCCGGUGGCCCAUGGACUGCGUUACAGUCAAAGCCUAGGAGGCAGCUUGGCUCUGUGCAGAGGUUGUGUCUGUCAAAUAGAUGUAUGAGCCACAACACUGUUCAUAUAUGGGAUCUGUCCGUUUGAGAUUACUCGCAAUGUGUUCUGGUUAAGCCUCACGUGCGGGUCAUGACCAUAGCGACAGGUCCAGGGUUGCCUGUACCGCUGAAUACCAAUUGUGGAAAGCAUCUACGUUUACAAGCACCAUCUUCCACAGAAUUCGAGAGAUACCAUGCGUACAUAUACUACCAAUACCGAAUCAUGGUACUGAUGGACCAAUACCACCCUAUUCCUCCCUCGGAAGCUAGACCCAGCCCCUCCUGAUCCAGUGACCUGCAGACGUCACGACCUUGCUAAUCGGGCAGCCGGUCUUCCCUUAUGUUUUUACGGAACCACACCUAUGACAAUAGAGACCCGGAUGGUGCAACGGUCAAGACUAGGACCUUGGCAUCGCCACGCCAGCAUGGCUGCUUCAACACAGCGGUCUGUUCGAACCCGCCCCUCGACGUCCUUUUCCAGCGGCCGGGGAUACGGCGUUUGGGCGGAUUUGAUCAUACCCAUAAAACCCCUGGGCCCGGGGACCUUCCCUACCAGAUCAUCUGCUGAUGAUCCCACGGUAUCGGCUGGGGAUCAUCAGCAAGGCUGGCU